GAUUUCACGGUAAGGGCCUGGGAGACAGUUUGAAACUUUCAUUUUGAAUAAAAAUUACCAAAAACAUCACUUUGCUAUUUGUUUUGUUUUAUGUCAUUGUUUGAACGAUUAUUAAACAGGAAAAUCAAGAAAAUGUGUUUGCUUUAAUUAUUUAUGGGUCAAAUAUUACUUUAAAGGGCUUCAAACGCCAAGAUCCGGUCCUACGGCAAUUCCCAACUUUCACCAGGUUCACAGCAUGUUCGUAUUUCAUAUGAAAAUCUUUGAUAUCGACAAAUCCAUGAGUGUAUUAUGAAAUUAGAAACCACCAGUUGGCUAAAAAACAAAAAAAAAAUGUUGUACGUGACUUUGAUCAAAUUUGCCAAGCCAGAAAAGUCAAGGUCAUUUUUAAGCCUCGUAAGGCAGUACUUUUCCGCUGAAACAACAACACUUUUUGAACUUCCAAAGUGUUUAAUCGUACUUUUUUUGGUUUGUAUCAGUAAAGUAGGCAUUUGAAUUUUAUUUCAGAGGAUAUUUGUUAAUUUUUCCGAAAAAUUAUGAAAAUUUGGAGCCGUCUUUAAAAAUCCACUCUUUGUAAGACUUGAAGAAUGGACGUUUGAAGUCGGCACUUUCCGUAGUUUUCCGACAAACGCCGACGACCUGAUACGAAACUGAGGCUUUCUAGUUUAGCGUCAGUAGCGGGUCUCUUGAACUGUGUUUGUGUUUUCGCCCAAGGUAAGUGUUUUGCAAUGUUUUUUACCCCUUUUUUUUUGUAAGACUGCGACGACCGCGAUUUGGCGACCGCGAUAUGAAAGCAAAAAACCCACUUCAACUCCUGUUUUCUUGACAGUUACAAGUAAAUGAUUAUUUUUACGAGUGCAACAUCGUAUACCAGUUAUCGAUACAUGACGCUAGCGGCUUUGUUGGUCAGUUAGCUGGUCAUUGUCUCAACAGGACCUUCGAAUGUUCAAUUUCGGUACUUUUUAGUGCGGUCGUCCCAAGCCCAGUCUUACCAUACAUCGCGGUCGUCCCAAAGUGAGUCUUGUAAUAGCGCGGUCGUCCCAAAGUGAGUCUUAUAAUAGCGCGGUCGUCCCAAAGUGAGUCUUAUAAUUGCGCUGUCAUUUUGUUUGGACAAGAAGAUGGUGAUUUGGAAUGAUAUUUUAUGGCAUUUUUAUUUUCUAAAAUCUUUAAUAACGUGGUUUAGUGUUCUUGAUUCCACGGAAAUUAAUUCCAAGUUGAUUUAAAUCUAAUUUUGUCUAAAUCUCUAUUUCAUAUUCGGAUAGAUCUAGAAUCUAGAUGAUACUCCAUUGCUUUACUUAAUUUCAAACAUAUCCCAUUAUAUUUGCUGCACUGUCCAUUUUAGAUGCCUUCCAAUUCCACCCAACUUCGCCAUAAAUGGAAAGCUGAGGAGCCUGAGAAGUAUGAGGCUCAUCUUGAGAAGGAAAGACUUCGAUCCAAAGCGAGACGAGAUGCAAAGAAGGCGAAAUGGGACACCGAGCCCCAUACAAGAGCUAUGAUAGCUGAAAAGGAGAAGGAAAGGGAGCAGAGAAGGAUUCGAAUGAAGAGAAUGGCACAGAGGAGAAGAGCUGAAGAAAGGAGGGAGCUCCGCCGUGACUGCAACAGCUCAGUGGAUGAGGACAGGCCAAAGAAGAAACCGAAGGACAUGACUGAGGAGGAAAGACGAGCCCAUGUUAAUGAGCUCAGGCGCCAAUCAAGAGCUCGUCAGAACCCCCAGAAAAAAAGAUGGGCCAAAGUUAAAAAUGCAGAGUAUCAGAGGCAGUAUAGAGAACGGCAAAAGGAUUCGACACAAAUGCAGCCUGCCACCACUGCCCCAGUGGCCCAGCCUCAACCAGCCCCAGUGUUCGCCUCACCCCCACCUUCCACCACAGCCCCAGAGUUCGCCUCGCCCCAGCCUCGCCCGGCCCCGGUGUUCGCCGCCUCACCCCCACCUUCCACCACAGCCCCAGAGUUCGCCUCGCCCCAGCCUCGCCCGGCCCUGGUGUUCGCCGCCUCACCCCCACCUUCCACCACAGCCCCAGAGUUCGCCUCGCCCCAGCCUCGCCCGGCCCUGGUGUUCGCCGCCUCACCCCCACCUUCCACCACAGCCCCAGAGUUCGCCUCGCCCCAGCCUCGCCCGGCCCCGGUGUUCGCCGCCUCACCCCCACCUUCCACCACAGCCCCAGUGUUCGCCUCGCCCCAGCCUUUGCCCCCAGCAGUGUGUUCCUCCCCCCAUCUUCGUCCUGUCACUACCCCAGUAUUUGCCUCCUCAUUCCUCAACGCUCUGGACUUAUCAACAUCAGUCCCCAGACAGUCCCCGCUUCCUGUAACAUCAGCUGCACCGCCCUCAACAACUCCCAUAAGGGCGAGUAAAACAAUGAGGAACUUGUCAUCGCACAUUAAAUCGGACAUUAAAAAGAGAGUGAGAACCCCUGAGGAGUAUGCCCAUGUUGUGCGACACCUGGCGACUCCCAGGACUCCAGAAAAGAGGAGGGCCCUACUUGCUGUAGGGGUACAGCAGCAAGUCGAUAGGCCAUUACGACCUGUGCCUCCGCAGAAGGUACAGCCCAGUAGAAGGAAGCGUACUCCAUCACUGGUUCAGACUCGAGCUUUCCGUGAUGUGCAGGCUUUCUAUCUGCGGCAGGAUGUGGCCAGAGUUUUGCCUCAUAAGAGGUAUGCCACGAAGGCUGGCCCAGGGCGGAUCAUGCUGAUGACGCUAAAAGAGGCCUUCAUUUUGUUCAAGAAGGAGAAUCCAGAUGCCGCAGUUGGAUUCACGAAGUUCACCACCCUCCGCCCAAAGACAGUCCGACUGAUUGGGCAAGGCACAGCGGAGACAUGUGCAUGCAUGUACUGCCUCAACGUCCGGCUAAAAAUAGAGGUCCUCAAUCGAGUGAUGGCUCGCAAUCUAGAAGAUUUCCGGAUGCCGCCUGAAACUCGAUUGUUGGACCUUCUAUUGUGUCCUAAGGAAGCAGGCAGUGACUGGCACCACCCUGCUUGCCUAGAAGGAAAAUGCAGUCAAUGCCAGGACCCGUCAAACUUCCUACAAGGACAGUUUGGCCGUUAUGAGGCCACCAUCACUCCCUGGCAGCAUUGGGAGCGCAUAUCCAAGGAGGGGAGAAUGAGGCUUGAACUUCUGACCAAGCAAGGGACUCUGGAGUAAGUUUCUUAUGAGCUGAAUUAUUUUGAGCCCAAUUUUCCAGGUCCUGUUUUAUUUAUUAAUUGUAGAAAGCACUGAAGUAUUAUGAAAGGUUUUGAUACUUUAAUAAAGAUAUUUGCAGGUAACCAUGGUUAUGUUCAACCUCUAUAGUUUCUUGUUUGGACCUUCAGCUGAGAUGUAAAACCACUUUCUAGGAAAGGUGGAAAAUAAAAUACACACUCCCUUUAAUUUUGAAAAUGACACUAAAUAGUAUAAUGUUCUCUCCCACAGCACUGAAAGCAGUAUUAACUUUGCUUGAUUGAUGGUUUAUUAUUUCAACCAUAUUCCACUUUCUUUGACAGGGAACUCCUGGAGGAGUUCAUAAGAAAGGACCUCCUCCAGCCAACCCAGGGAAACACCUUUGUUCGCCACCU